GAGACGUUCUGUAGGGGUAGAAAAGCUUUUAAUAGAUAAAGAAAUAAAAUAAAGUGAUCGGGUACAAGGGAGAUCCCCAGGGACCCUAAGUCAGCGAGAACCUAUAGACAUAAGGUUCUGUCCGUGGGGCGGAGGGACUCGAAAGAUUUGGGGCUGGGAUGGCCCUAUAACACCGACCCAAAUGAAUUAGCUCGCUGAGCCCAACCCUUUCCGCAAAAGAAAAAUCAUCAUUAGCUGCAUGGGGCUGCAAAAGGCCAUCCGAGAAAGAUUUUCUCCGCUCUCUCAGCUGAGCCAUUUCGCCGCCACCCCCGCCGACCGGGCUAACAGUAGCAAUCAAUGGCGGACUACAACUCCCAUGAGGCCUAGGGGCACCCUCCAGGCGGCACGCUCACAAGAGGGCGCGCAGGCGCAGUGGCCGGGCGGAGACUGCAAUCGUAGCUUUACUACAUCCCGAGACUGGGCAGCGGGGUUGGAAGUGCUAUCUGGUUCGCUCCGGUUUAGAACAGCAACUAAGUUGCCAGCCCUGCUAGACAUCAGACAAAGGACUUGCCUCUCACCCACCGGAGUGAUGGCACUCCCCUUCCAGAAAGACUUGGAGAAGUACAAGGAUCUCGAUGAGGAUGAGCUCCUGGACAAGCUGACAGAGGAAGAGUUGAAACAACUGGAAACGGUCCUGGAUGACCUUGAUCCAGAGAAUGCACUGUUGCCAGCGGGGUUCCGACAGAAAGAUCAGACUUCCAAAACUCCUUCUGGUCCUUUUGACAGAGAAAAACUGCUGGCGUUUUUGGAGAAGCAAGCGCUGGAGCAGAAGGAUGUGGAAGACAUUGUCCCAUACACAGGAGAGAAGAAAGGGAAGGUGUUUAUUCCCAAACAGAAGCCAGUUUCGUCUUACGUGGAAGAAAAGGUGACUCUUGAUCCAGAACUGGAGGAAGCAUUGACAAGCGCUACAGACACCGAGCUCUGCGACCUUGCAGCUAUUCUUGGAAUGCACAACUUGUUAAGCAGCUCCCAGCUGUGUAAUAUCAUAGGAAGUAGCAACGGUGUCAGCAGUGAUGGUUUCUCAAAUGUAGUCAAAGGUGAAAAGAUGGUUCCAGUCUUUGAUGAGCCACCGAAUCCCACAAAUGUUGAGGAGAGUUUGCAGAGGAUUAAGGAAAACGAUCCUCGCCUUGUUGAAGUUAAUCUGAACAACAUAAAGAAUAUUCCCAUUCCAACCCUGAAAGAGUUUGCGAAGGCACUGGAAACAAAUACCCACUUGAAGAGCUUCAGUCUUGCAGCUACUCGGAGCAACGACCCUGUUGCUGUUGCUUUUGCAGACAUGCUGAGGACCAACAAAACACUGACGAGCCUGAACUUCGAAUCCAACUUCGUCACCGGGGCAGGCAUCCUGGCACUGGUAGAUGCACUCAAGGAGAACGAAACCCUGACCGAGAUCAGAAUCGAUAACCAGAGGCAGCAGCUGGGGGCCCCAGUGGAGAUGGAGAUUGCCAAGAUGCUGGAGGAAAACACAAAGAUCCUUAAAUUUGGAUAUCACUUCACACAGCAGGGACCACGGACCAGAGCAGCAAAUGCAAUUACAAAAAAUAACGAUUUUGUUCGCAAGAGACGAGUGGAAGGAGACCAUCAGUAGCUUCCCAUGGCCAGCGGCGCACAUGGUGGAGAACCCAGAACUCCUCAAGAUGGCUGUUUUGCUUGGGCUUCAGCAAUCCCAAGAUUUCUUCUUACCUGGGUAGAAGGGAAAAGACUGGAAUCACCGUUCCUCUUGUUUGGUGUUUGUUUUCAUGGUGUCUUUGUAAAGUUCUAUUGGUAUGUGUGAUAUCCAACCUUGUCUGAAAACCUCACAACCCCCAUCCACCCAAAGUCUGUUCUUGAAAACCCUUCUGUUUUAGACCUUGGGUUCUUCCAGAAAGGCGGAUAUCCAUUCCAGAAUUGGUGAAGUAGCUUGCGAUGGUUGCCAUGUGAUAAUGCAGGCAGCAAUCCAUGGUUUAAACCGGACUUCCAAUCCUGGGACCCUCGGAAGUGUUGGACUAUAGUUCCCAUCACCUCCGCUAUGCUUGACAGAAGAUGUGGGCAAUUGUAGUCAAACACUUUUGGAGGAUGCUGGGUUGGAGGAGAGCGUUUAAACCCACAGGGAAUAAAUUUUCUGAUAGGAAAGGCUGAGUCUAAGCACCGAGUCAUUGUGUAUUUUGAAAACAGUGCCCUAGUAGCAAGGGCGGAGAGCUUGUCCAAGGGAAGACCAACGCCCUUGACCGCUUUGUUUGUUUGUAGAGAUGAUGAAAUGCCAAGGCUUCCUUUGGCCUUAAUUUGGACCAUUUUUAGGAUGCUUUCUUGAUAGCAACGGUUAUGCUUGAAACUUCUUUGUUUAGUAUACAAAAGAAGAGGAUUCCACUUGAAGGGCUGCUGCUUCUCUUCUACCUCCUUGGAGGUAACAUAACCAAGUAGGUCAGCAAUCAGGUGCCUCCGGCCAACAGGCUUUGCAAUUCAGGGUGUUUGGUUGGAUUGUAUUUUUCUGUCAACUUGCAGAGCCUGACGUGCCAGCAUUUGUCAUGUGUGAACUGGAUGUAUUUAUAGACCCUUUUUCCUCCAGUUUCGUCAGCAUCACGUUGCUUGGUAUUUAGGUGGCUGUUGCUUAAAUGGCGGGGGUGGUGUGUCAGCUCCAGAGCUGUGGCAAAGCUCAGCUCCUGCUGAGAGCUCAGGGAGUUCUUUGUGUAGGCUGAAAUCUGCGGUGGCCAUAUGGGUUCUUUUCCUGGGGCUGCGAGUUUUGACAAGCAUAGCAUAGCAAAUAUUCUAGCCAUUUUCACAUCUCCUGAGGUCUCCACACCUCGGGCGGUGGGUGAGGCUUGCGGCCCGAGCACCUCAGCCGAGGCCAUAAGCUAUGUUGCUUGCUCCCAGCCUGCCAUCUGGGCUAGAGAAAGCACCAUUUUAAAUUUCCCACAAUGCCCUGAAGCGGCCAGUGUUGCACCACGCUGGGGCACUGUGGGAAGAUUAAUUUGGCCCUAAUGAGAGGCCAACGGUCUAAUUUCCCGCAGUCAUCCAGUGCAGCAACUGCUUUACUGGUACCUUGUGGGAGAUUUUUAAUCGUGCCAUUCCUUGUUUCAUGUAAGCUCACCGUCAGAGGGACUCCCAGCUUCGAAGGAGGCUCUGCUGAUGGCCCUUGGCCAGGGACCUGCUCACUCUUGGAACUAUCCCUGCGGCGUCCUUGAUGCAUGGAAAAUGUUAGCCUGAAUCACUUGUCUGGCUGAGGAAGGCUGGUGUAGGGCAAAGGGACUUUUGCAUUUCAAAUCCACACAUGUACGAACCAUGUUAAUAUUUUUGUUUCAGUUGUCCCCGUCAAAGGAAUCCUUCCGACUUUGUUCAUUUUGUGGGGAAGAAUUGUAAAGCAAAUCUAUUUUUGUACAAUUUUUAAAACACUGCCUUAAUCAUCCAUAAGAGAAAAAUGGUCCUAGUGGCAGCAAAUGGAUCUGAACAAAUUUAAUGCUUAAAUAUGAUGUAAAUGUUUAGAUUAGGGGCUGAGUUACCCUGAAAGGCUGGUUAGAUUUGCAACAUGCAGGGUGCUUGAUACACACUGUUCUGGUAGACCACAAAAAGCAGAGCUAUGAAAGACUCGGAGGGCCCAGGAACUGCAAAUUACAGGUCCCGUUUACAGGGUCUGCAGUAUGUAUUUAUGCUGCAGGUUGAAUCCCAUCCUCUGCAUGCACCUACAGAAGAUGUCAUCUAGUGGAGUGGGGAGGGGGCUAUUUUCAGCCUUUUUCCUGCCCCCCCCAUGUCCUCCCAUGUCUGUUCUGGUGUGUUAGAGGACCCUCAGGAAUAACUCUGGCGGCCACACUAGGAAGGACUGUGGCCCCAUAGUUGGCUAUGCCGAAUGCACAAAUCUUGAAAAACCCGAGCGAUGCAUGAGCGGAACUGCAACCCGCAUGCCUCUUGGUCUGGUGGUGCUAUUUUAACUUGGCCAAAGCAGGAGAGCUGCUCGCACGGAAUGACGUGGCCCUGAGCUAGCGAAGGGAAGAGCUGCCUCUCACUGGGACCGCGUGACCUUCAUGUCGGUGGGGAGCUCCCACGUGCCGCACGAAGGCGAACGGGGGCUGAGCAGUAGCUCUCCUGGGGGGAUUUUUCCUUAAAUCCAAUAGUGCCUAAUUAAAAGCUGUCAAUCAAAGCCAUGUUGCUAAGUAUUUUCCUCCAAUCUGUUAGGGUGUAUGUGGGAUCUGGAUCAUCGGCUGAUCAAGACUUCUUAGCUCAGAUUCGUGAGACUGGUAUUUGCGAUGACAGACAGUGGGUUUGUUUAAACAUAAAGGACAGAGUUGAAAUGUAACACACUUUCAUCCUCUAGGGCAGAGGAGGCAGGAGGAAGAUCUCUAGAUGGCUUGGACCAACUCCCAGAAUCCCCUGCCAGUAUGACCAGAGAAUUCUGGGAGUUGAAGACCCAAAACACUGAGAGAGCUACCUUCUGCAAGAUGAGGGGUGGGCACCUUGUGACCCUGCAAAUGUUUUGGAUUGCAACUCCUAUCAGCCUUAGCUGGCGUAGCCAAUGAUGAUGAAUUAUGGGAGAUGCAAUCCAACGGUACCAAGAGCAACUGUUUGUCCACACCUGCCCACAAUAUGCACCACGGUGGCCUGAGAUUUAAGCAUCAAAAAAUCGGUGAUCCAUGUGGGUUGGUUGCUAGUCCACAAGAGUCUGGCAGUCGUCGGCAUUGUCCUAGUAGGGAGAAUUCGCAUCCUGAAUUUUCAAUGCACCACCGAGUACUUAGCCAUAAACCAGUCCCUUUGAGGCAGGCAGCAGAACAUGGAGCUGAAGAUGCCUUUACAGGUCUCUCUCUCUGUGUUUUCUUUUUCUAUGGAAAAUGAGAACUGUAAUCCAGUGAAAUUUCCUGACUUCAGAUAUUUGGAAAAGUCAAAUUUGCUAGGCUUACAUUUAAGGGCUCAUUGGAUUAACUCUACACAUGAUGAUGGUUCAGAAAUGUAAAAAUGGGGCCAUUUCCAAAGAGGCAAAGCUUUUAUGCUUUUUAAAAAAACUGUUUGAUGGCGGUUUUGCCAGAUGAGGGGGUUGAUUUGCGGUUUUAAAAUAUGCACUUCAUAAUUAACCUCAUAUUUUGUUGAUUGUCCACUUUUAAGCUCUUGAAUAAAAUGUUUCAUAUUAUCCUACAAAAUAUUGUGCUUAUACUUAAUACUGUUUACAAAUGUUAGCUUCUCUUGUUAUUUUUGAUACAAAUAAUACUGUUUUUAAGCUAUGCUAUAACUAUAGACGCUGUUCUGGUGAAGAAAAGUGAAUGGAAAAACACCAGAAUGCCGGCAUUGUAAUGCUGGCCUUGAUGUAAUAAAAGUAUCUAAGCAAUAUUUUAGUACCACAAA